ACAUCAGGAUACAGUCUUACCGCUCAAGAUCCUUACAAUAAUAUAUCUAGGACUUGUAUAGAAGCAUUAGCAGCAGUCAUGGGCGGCACACAAUCACUUCACACCAACUCUUUAGAUGAGGCGAUAGCAUUGCCAACCGAUUAUUCAGCCAAAAUAGCGAGAGACACUCAGAAAUAUUUACAAUCAGGCAUAAAUGUUAUUUCAGCGAUCGAUCCUAUGGGAGGCUCUUAUUAUGUGGAAUCACUUACUAGCCAACUCGUAGAAAAAGCGUGGCAACAUAUCCAAGAAAUAGAAUCACUAGGUGGAAUGACGGCUGCGAUCGAAGCGGGUAUCCCCAAAAUGAGAAUAGAAGAAGCCGCUGCUGCAAAACAAGCAAGAAUAGACAGUGGUAAUGAAUACGUAAUAGGUGUCAAUCUUUUCAAAAAAGAAACUGAAUCAGAACUCGAUAUACUCAAAGUAGAUAAUACAAAGGUUCGACUUGAACAAAUAGACAGGCUUACAGAAAUAAAAAGCAAAAGAGAUGAUCAAAAAGUAAGAUCAACACUGCAAGCUAUCACAGAAUGUGCACGAACAGGUAGUGGAAAUCUCUUGGAGCUUGCCAUAAUUGCAGCUAGAGAAAGGGCUACAUUAGGAGAAAUUACGAUGGCUAUGGAAGAAGUUUUUGGCAGAUACAAAGCUACUAAUAGAACCAUUUCAGGUGUGUAUGCAAAGGAAAUUCAUAUGGAUGCUAAAUUUAAAAACACAUUGGAACUCUCUGAUCGUUUUGCAGCACUAGAAGGCAGAAGACCAAGGAUUAUGGUGGCAAAGUUAGGUCAAGAUGGACACGAUAGAGGUGCAAAAAUCAUAGCAACUAGCUUUGCAGAUUUGGGAUUUGAUGUAGAUAUGGGACCACUCUUCCAGACACCUUCAGAAGCAGCAACACAAGCCGCAGAGAACGAUGUACAUAUACUAGGCAUAUCGUCACUUGCGGCAGGUCACAAAACAUUGGUGCCUGAAACAAUUGCAGCAUUAAAAAAGAUAGGCAGAGAAGACAUCAUGGUCAUCGUAGGUGGCGUAGUGCCUGUUCAAGACUAUCCAUUCCUUUUUGAACAAGGUGUAGCAGCUAUUUUUGGACCGGGAACCAUUAUUGCUGAAGCAGCAGCUGAAAUAUUAGAAAUUUUAAUAGCAAAUAUUACGGAUCAUAUCGCAGUAAAUGAUGUGAGUUUUGAUGUCAAAGCAGGCACUAUUUUCGGUCUACUUGGUCCUAAUGGCGCCGGCAAAACAUCAUUGAUUAGAAUUAUCACCACCAUAACUGGUGCAGACAGCGGACAAGUUUUGCUAAACGGAGAGCCAUUAAAUCACCUUCAUCCCAAUGAAAUAGGAUACAUGCCCGAAGAAAGAGGUUUGUAUAAAAAAAUGAAAGUAGGGGAACAGCUUCUUUACCUUGCACAACUCAAAGGUCUUACUGAAAAAGAAGCCAAAAUCAAGUUAAAAACUUGGAUGGUAAAGUUUGACAUCAUGAAUUGGUGGGACAAAAAAGUUGGUGACUUAUCAAAAGGUAUGAGCCAAAAAAUUCAAUUCAUAGCCACAGUAAUUCACGAUCCGAAAUUAUUAAUCCUUGACGAACCUUUUUCUGGUCUUGACCCUAUCAAUGCCAACUUGAUCAAAGAUGAAAUUUAUCAACUUAAAGAAAAAGGAACUAGCAUACUUUUUUCUACCCAUAGAAUGGAACAGGUGGAAGAAAUC